AUGAGUAAGCAGGAAGAAAAGAAUGGAGUGGAGAGGAAGUUGGAGAUGAGCUACAGCACCAUCAAUAAGAUGCGGUUAGAGAAGAAGUUCUGUGACGUUCUCAUCACAGUGAAUGGUGUCGAGUUCCACGCACACAAGAUCAUCCUGUGUGCCUGCAGCAAAUACUUCACGACUCUGUUCACUAACAGCUGCUACCCUCUAGAUAAGCACGAGUACAGCGUUCCUGACAUUUCCUCUGAGAUAAUGGAGCUGAUCAUGGAGUACGCGUACACAUACCAUGUUAACAUCACGAAGGAAAACGUGCAUGAGCUACUGAUCGCUGCUGAUUAUCUGGAGGUGAGCAGCCUGAUCAACGACUGCUGCACGUUCCUGAAGGCUCAGCUGUGUCUGGAGAACUGCAUUGGCAUCUGGGGUUUCGCUCGCUUUCAUGUCUUUGAGAAGUUGAAGCAGCAGGCCUUCCAGUUUAUCUUGCACAACUUUGAGGAGAUGGUGCGCGUCUCUGAGGAGUUCCUGGAGCUGACGGUUGAGCAGCUCACUGAGAUUAUCGAGAAUGACGAGCUGAACGUGAAGCAGGAGAACGUGGUGUUCGAGACCAUCUUAAAGUGGAUCAGACACGAGCCAGAGAAUCGGAACACACACAUGGCAGUGUUACUGCCCAAGGUGCGUUUGGCGCUACUGACACACGAUUACUUUAUGAAUAACGUGAAGAACAAUGCUUUAGUGAAGGACAAUGCAGCAUGUAAGCCUAUCAUCAUCAGAGCUCUGAAGAGCAUCCAUGGGCUCAACGAGAAUGAAUCUCUCAGUUCUGACUUCACGCGGCGCCGCCUCCCCAGUGCCAUUCUGCUGGCUAUCGGUGGUUGGAGCAACAGGGGUCCCACCAAUGCCAUAGAAGCAUAUGAUACACGAGCAAAGCGCUGGGUCAAAGUGAUGUGCCAUGAUGAGAGUCCACGAACCUAUCACGGGACGGUGUAUCUGAAUGGCUUCAUGUACUGCGUCGGAGGAUUUGAUGGUAAUAUUUACUUCAACACUGUGAGAAGGUUUGACCCCAUCACCAGAACCUGGGCUCAGGUGAGCCCCAUGCACUUUCGUCGGUGUUACGUGAGUGUGUGUGAGUUGGAGGGUUGUAUUUAUGCAAUGGGAGGAUAUGAUGGUCACGAACGGCAUAGCACAGCUGAGCGAUAUGAACCUGAGAAUAAUCAGUGGAGUAUGAUAGCACCGAUGAAUGAAACAAGAAGCGACGCAAGUGCUACAGCGCUGAACGGCAAAGUGUACAUAUGCGGAGGGUUUGACGGGAACGAGUGUUUGUUCACGGCAGAGUAUUACAGUCCUGAGACAGACCAGUGGACUCUCAUCCCCCACAUGAGGAGCAGAAGGAGUGGAGUGGGUGUGGUCUCAUAUGAUGGACAGGUUUACGCUGUUGGUGGAUUUGAUGGUGUUAUUCGUCAUCGAAAUGCAGAGGCGUAUAAUCCUCAGACUAAUUCAUGGGGAGACGCUCCAUCCAUGAUCAAACCGCGCAGCAACUUCGGCAUUGAGGUGGUGGACGAUCUCCUGUUUGUUGUUGGAGGAUAUAACGGCGUUCAAACCACCAAUAAAGUGGAGUGUUACGAUAAGAAAACUGCUGCAUGGCGUGCAGUCAAAGACAUGAAAGUUUUACGUAGCGCUCUGAGCUGCUGCGUGCUGUUUGGUUUACCCAACAUGGCCGAGUAUGCCGCACCCCGAGACAAAGUCCCCCAGAGUUCUCGGAGAACGAGCAGGUCCCUCACACCUCCUGCCUAA